GAUCCCGUAAGUCGGGCGGCCGCGUAGUCUCUGCAGCCGCCGGCGGCGCCGCCACAUUCAACAGGCAGCAGCGCAGCGGGCGCGCCGCCGGGGAGAGCGAGCGGCCCGCGGCGUCCGUCGGUCCUUCCGUCCGCGGCCCUGUCAGCAGGAGCGCGGCGCCGGCUCCGCCCGGCCCGGCGGCUCUGGUCCGCCGUCCACUCCGUGCAGCGGAUCCGGAGGAGCCUCGAUGUGGAUGGACCCACGAAGUUAAGUUCUGGGCUCGCGCUUCCACUCCGCCGCGCCUUCCUUCCAGUUUCCGUCCGCUCGCCGCGCCGACCUCGCCGCCCCCCCGCCCAAAUCUCGGACCGGCUCUUCGCGCCCCCUCCCCCUCCGCCCCCAGUGCAGCGCUCUCCCCCUUUUUGGCUCUCCCGCGGCUGGGGGAGGGGCGGGGGUCACCAUGGCCGAAGCGCCCCAGGUGGUGGAGAUCGACCCGGACUUCGAGCCGCUGCCCCGGCCGCGCUCGUGCACCUGGCCGCUGCCCAGGCCGGAGUUUAGCCAGUCCAACUCGGCCACCUCCAGCCCGGCGCCGUCGGGCGGCGCGGCCGCGAACCCCGAAGCCGCGGCGGGCCUGCCCUCGGCCUCGGCCGCCGCUGUCAGCGCCGACUUCAUGAGCAACCUGAGCUUGCUGGAGGAGAGCGAGGACUUCCCGCAGGCGGCCGGCUCCGUGGCGGCGGCAGUGGCGGCGGCGGCGGCGGCUGCCGCCACCGGGGGGCUGUGCGGGGACUUCCAGAGCCCGGAGGCGGGCUGCUUGCACCCGGCGCCGCCGCAGCCCCCGCCGCCCGGGCCGCUGCCGCAACACCCGCCGGUGCCCCCCGCCGCCGCCGCCGCCGCCGGGCCGCUUGCGGGACAGCCGCGCAAGAGCAGCUCGUCCCGCCGCAACGCGUGGGGCAACCUGUCCUACGCCGACCUCAUCACCAAGGCCAUCGAGAGUUCGGCGGAAAAGCGGCUCACGCUGUCGCAGAUCUACGAGUGGAUGGUCAAGAGCGUGCCCUACUUCAAGGAUAAGGGCGACAGCAACAGCUCGGCGGGCUGGAAGAAUUCAAUUCGUCAUAAUCUGUCCCUGCACAGCAAGUUCAUUCGCGUGCAGAAUGAAGGAACUGGAAAAAGUUCUUGGUGGAUGCUCAAUCCAGAGGGCGGCAAGAGUGGGAAGUCCCCCAGGAGAAGAGCUGCAUCUAUGGACAACAACAGCAAAUUUGCCAAGAGCCGAAGCCGGGCUGCCAAGAAGAAAGCAUCCCUCCAGUCUGGCCAGGAGGGUGCUGGGGACAGCCCUGGAUCUCAGUUUUCCAAGUGGCCUGCGAGCCCUGGCUCUCACAGCAAUGAUGACUUUGAUAACUGGAGUACAUUUCGCCCUCGAACCAGCUCAAAUGCUAGUACUAUUAGCGGGAGACUUUCCCCCAUCAUGACCGAACAGGACGAUCUCGGCGAUGGGGAUGUGCAUUCUAUGGUGUACCCACCCUCUGCCUCAAAGAUGGCCUCUACGCUACCCAGUCUGUCUGAGAUAAGCAACCCUGAAAACAUGGAGAACCUUUUGGAUAAUCUGAACCUUCUCUCAUCACCAACAUCAUUAACUGUUUCGACCCAGUCUUCACCUGGCACCAUGAUGCAGCAGACACCAUGCUACUCGUUUGCACCGCCAAACACCAGUCUGAAUUCACCCAGCUCCAACUACCAAAAAUAUACAUACGGCCAGUCCAGCAUGAGCCCUAUGCCCCAGAUGCCUAUGCAAACACUGCAGGACAACAAAUCAAGUUAUGGAGGUAUGAAUCAGUAUAACUGUGCACCAGGACUCUUGAAGGAGUUGCUUACUUCUGAUUCUCCUCCCCAUAAUGACAUUAUGACUUCAGUCGAUGCUGGGGUAGCCCAGCCCAGCAGCCGGGUUCUGGGCCAGAAUGUGAUGAUGGGCGCUAAUUCUGUCAUGUCAACCUACGGCAGCCAGGCAUCUCAUAACAAAAUGAUGACUCCCAGCUCGCAUACCCACCCCGGACACGCUCAGCAACCGUCUGCGGUUAACGGGCGUGCCCUGCCCCAUGCGGUGAACACCAUGCCUCACACCUCGGGCCUGAACCGCCUGACCCCAGUGAAGACAUCUUUACAAGUGCCUCUGCCCCAUCCCAUGCAGAUGAACGCCCUGGGGGGCUACUCUGCGGUGAGCAGCUGCAACGGCUACGGCAGGAUGGGCCUUCUCCACCAGGAGAAGCUCCCAAGUGACUUGGACGGCAUGUUCAUCGAGCGCUUGGACUGUGACAUGGAGUCCAUCAUUCGGAAUGACCUCAUGGAUGGAGAUACAUUGGAUUUUAACUUUGACAAUGUGUUGCCCAACCAAAGCUUCCCACACAGCGUCAAGACGACGACACAUAGCUGGGUGUCAGGCUAAGAGUUAGUGAGCAGGCUACACCUAAAAGUACUUCAGAUUGUCUGACAGCAGGAACUGAGAGAAGCAGUCCAAAGAUGUCCUUCACCUCCCCCUUUUACUUUUCUUCAUUUAAAAAAAAAAAGGCAAGAAAAAAAAACCUCCCUUUUUUUCCUUUCGUCAGACUUGGCAGCGAAGACAUUUUUCCUGUACAGGAUGUUUGCCCGAUGUUUGCAGGUUAUGUGCUGCUGUAGAUAAGGACUGUGCCAUUGGAAAUUUCGUUACAAUGAAGUGCCAAACUCACUACACCAUAUAAUUGCAGAAAAGACUUUCGGAUCCUGGUGUGCUUUCAAGUUUUGUAUAUAUAAGCAGUAGAUACAGAAUUGUAUUUGUGUGUGUUUUUGUUUUUUUUUAAAUAUCCAUUUGGUCCAAGGAAAGUUUAUACUCCUUUUGUAAUACUGUGAUGGUCUCAUGUCUUGAUAAGUUAAGUUUCUGUUUGUACUACCUGUGUUCUGCUGAACUGACGGAUCACAAAGAACGGAGGUUCUCCGUUCUGCACCUCCACUGAACAGCUUCAACCUGUUCACGUUGCCACAGAACUCACAUGAGAACCAAGUAGCCUGUUAUCAAUCUGCUGAAUUAAUGGACUUGUCAAACUUUUGAAAAACAAAAAAGAGAUUAAUGCCAGCCUUGUACAGGUCUUUUCUAUUUUUUUUCUUUGUUUAUUUUGUUAUUUGCAAAUUUGUACAAACAUUUGAAUGGUUCUAAUUUCCAGAUAAAUGAUUUUUGAUGUUAUUGUUGAGACUUGAGAUCAUUUUUGGAAUAGAUAUUGAACUGUAAUGUUUUUUCUUAAAUCUAGAGUCUACUUUGUUACAUAGUCCGCUUGUAAAUUUGUGGAAUCACAGGUAUUUGGGGCAGCAUUCAUAAUUUUCAUUUUGUAUUUCUAACUGGAUUAGUACUAAUUUUAUACGUGCUUAACUGGUUUGUAUACUUUGGGAUGCUAAUUGGUGAUGUUUCCGACUAAUCUUAAAUCAUUGUAAUUAGUACUUGCAUUUUCAACGUUUCGGGCCGUAUUUGGGCAGAAAAGUGAUGUAUAGUUAUGGACACUUUGCGUUUCAUAUUUAGGAGAACUUAAUAUGUUUUUAUGUGUGUAUUUUAAACAAAUUUCAUCCGCUUCUAUUGAACUGUGCGCACCACACAGUGUCAGGUGUUCUGAUAGGUGCCCGUGUGUUGCAUUGUUACAGUGAUUCCUGGGAGGCCUCAUCAUGUUUGCAGAUCAGAAAGGGAGAGCUACAGCUAAAACCAUGCUUCUUUGUCAAACUGCGGGUUCUGAUCAACCUCACCUGUUUGAGUUUAGCUGCAGCACAAGUUUCCCCUCCCAAUCAUGUGCUCUUGUUUCGGGCCAGGGGGAGGCUGGUUUUGUAGCUGUGCCCUGAGGAACGAUGUCAGCACUCUCUUCGUCCCCAUCUCCCUUCUGCCCUGUGGGUUACUCAGCGUACUGUGGAAGUUUAAGUUGAAGGAGGGAAUUUACAGUUGGGACUGGAGUGAUUUGUAGAAUGCUUUGUGUUCGUAAGGACAGAUGGCUACCAAAUGGAAUAAAGCUUGUUUAAAAAUUGGGGCAAUUAAUUUGAAAACCAGCAAACCAGCUGUAAGUUGUGCAUUUGAAUUUAUUUUAAAAGCCUUGGCUUAAGUUAAGAAUUUGAAAAUUUCUUCAGCCUUUAGCAACCUAGCAUAUAAUUCCAAUCAUUAUGUUUUAAUACUUUGCAAUUACCUGUAACCGACAGACCAAGUUAAUUGGCUUUGUGUCCUAUUCAGUCCAUUAGUACUUUCAAGUCACGUGGAAGCCCAAGGUCAUCACAAUAAAGGGAACAGGCGCACAGCAGUGUUCUUCGUGCCUUCUUGAGAAGGCUGUGAUUUCUGUGUGCAUGGCCCAAAUCACACUUGCUUUGUCUUGUAUGUUAAUGGCAUCUCCAUUGGCUUGGUUUUCCCUACAUGUUUAACAAGAACACAAGUGCGCCUGAUAGAUUUCCUACAGGAGGCCAGCGCUAUUGUAAACUUCCCAGUGUGACUUUUAUUUUUUUUGAAAAUUCAUUGUGCAGCUACCAUUCUAACCAUCUUCAUUGUUGGGCACUCCAAGAUAUGAUGCUGGGUUUAGAAACCUUAGUCCCUCUAAGCAGUGUCCCCUGUGCAUGUAAUUGAACUUUUUGGUGCCAAAGUACUCAUGUUCUCACUUCUGUCACUGUGGACUGUCACUUUCCUCCCAUAAGGUUAUUGCAUCAUUACACAGGAGCCUCAGAGCCCCCCGUUCGUUCAUUAAAGAGGCAACUACAGCUAAAGUCGCUGUUAAAGUCUUACUGCCUCAUAGAGUGAUGUUUAGAGAGAUGUUUCUUCCUCCUGAGCCUGUGUAAAUAUCCCCAGCCCCCACCCCCAUUUUUUCUUUGUUUUGAAAUCUCAACAGGAAUCCUAGGUAGCUCUCCCGGUACACUGAAGUCCAGAGAAAAACAUCUUGUCUGUCUGGAAAGCAAACAUUAUUUGGCCUCUGGUGGUUCUUUUUCUGUAAGAAUACUGACUUUCUGGAGUAAUGAGUGUAUCAGUUAUUGUACAUGAUUGCUUUGUGAAAUGUGCAAAUGAUAUCACCUAUGCAGCCUUGUUUGAUUUAUUCCUUCUGGUUUGUACUGUUAUUAAAAGCAUAUUGUAUUAUAGAGCUUAUUCAGAUAUUUUAAAUAUAAAGAUGUAUUGUUUCCGUAAUAUAGAUGUAUGGAAUAUAUUUAGGUAAUAGGUGCAUUACUUGGAAAGUUCUGCUUUGACAAACUGACAAAGUCUAAAUUAAUGAACAGGUGUUGUAUCCCAGUGAGCAGUAAAUCAGUGAAACAUCCCAAGAAGAGGAUAAGGACACUUAGAAUGGAAACAGUUCUCCAAAGAUAAACUAUUUGGAUUUGUUCAACUGCUGGAUAUAUACUGCCAAUAACCCCCUCCUCCACCUUAAUAUUCUUACAUCCAGCUCCUAAGAGUUUUUAAUUUAUAAGUGAUUUUAAAUGAGAAGGUCUUUUUAGUUUGGGAGUAAUCAGUAAAACAACGCGAGGUGGUUUAUACAAACAAAACAGCCUGGCAUUGUACGUGGCCCCUCCUUGAGGUGUAGGGCACAGCUGGCAGUGUGGCCAGGGAUGGCCACGUAAGUCCCGUCGGGACACAGUCCCACCCGCCCACAUUUCACUACCCAAGUUUAAUAACAGUGCAGAUUCCAUGUUCCUGUCCCGAUACUCUCUGAGAAGUGCCUGAUGAUGCUGAUGUACUUACAGACACAAGAACAAUCUUUGCUAUAAUUGUAUAAAGCCAUAAAUGUACAUAAAUUACGUUUAAAUGGU